AUGGCGGAGGCGGAGGAGGAGCUGGCGCACGCCGAAGUGCUCGAGCUGUUCCAGGCGGCGCUGGCGCGGCUCGUGCAGGACCCGCUGCUCUGCGACCUCCCGCCGCAGGUGACGCCGGAGGAAAUCGGCUCUCAAGUGGCGCUGGAGUACGGGCAGGCCAUGACGGUGCGAGUGUGCAAGGCGGACGGCGAGAGCAUGCCUGUGGUGGUGGUGCAGAACGCGACGGUGCUGGACUUGAAGAAGGCGCUGCGGCGGCACGUGCAGCUCCGGCAGGCGCGGCGUGGCGGCGUGCAGCAUCUCAGCUGGAAGUACAUCUGGAGGACGUACCACCUGACUUACAACGGGGAGAAGCUGGCGGAUGAUAGAAAGAAGCUGAGAGAGUGA